AUUGCCGUACGGUUAUAAACACAGAGCCUUACACCUGGCUUGGCAAAGGGACGAGCAAAUCGGUGUGCUGUUGGCACGGAGUACUCCCCGCCGGCCGCCGGUCAGCUGAAUAGCUGCCCAGGACUUGCCUUAAACCAAGGAUCGCACUCAGCCAUUGCAAGAGAUACCUAGCACACACGUUCUCGCUUGGAAGAAGUGACAGCUUCUCGAAAACAUCGUAAUUGGAGGGGAGAAGGCCGGCAAAGUAUGAUGAUGGCGAACAGAGGUGGUGGUGACAGACGAGACAAAUCACGGAAAGCUGUUAAGCGUUCAUCCCCGGGAGAGUCAAAAGGCCAAACGUCCCCCACCAAAACCAGUCCAAAGCGACAGCUCUCACAAAGGGAAGCAAAGCUCCCCAAGGCAUCUCCCACAGCAAGGAAAAAGCCACGGGCGACCUCUCCCAAGAAGACUCCUGCACGUGCCACAACCCGUCAGCCGAAGAAGAGCGUCGUUGUUACUAAGGUCAAGAAGAAACUCAAUCAUGAUAAGAAGCCAGUUGGUGUCACGAAGGCAAAGGGGAAAGCGACUACUUCUACCGCAAAAGGAAAACGGCAGAUUCGAGACAGCAAGGGGACAUCAAAAAAGAAAGUGCUUGGUGCAAAAGGGGCUAAAAAGAAGGGAACAACGGCAGUAAAGACCAGGGUGGCGACCACCGCAAAGGGGAGGAUGAAGAAGCGUGCGACGGUGGCCAAGCCAAAAGGAGCGACCAUCGCAAAGGGUGGUAAAAAGAAAGGGAAAGCAGUAAAGGAGACUGGAAGCAAAAUGAAGAAGUUGCCUCGCCACCCCAACAGCAAGCUGAUUCCGAACCUAAAGAUCCAAGUGGUUGACAAAGAUCCUCUGUUUGAAGUCAAGACUGAGAAACGGAUUCCGAAAGUGUCAGACUAUGUGGACUGCAAACAGGCCAUCCGCGCCGUCUUGACUAAGGACAGCGACCUCCUGAAGAAACUGAUCAAUAACACCAAGGAGAUACCCUCGUUGUUUGUUCCGAGAAGCGUGUGUCUGCAAGAUGACGCCCUGGACUACGCAGUCAAGACGGGGAACAUCGAUGCUAUCAAGCUUCUCUACGAAGAGCGUUUUUGUAAUACUAAGUCUCGCAAAUCUAUGUCGCAAGCACUAAUGGAUCAUCAGAGAACAGGCAGAUAUAAUUACCGAACGUUUGGACAUGCUGUACGGAGAAUCAACAUUGGCAGGAAAUCUAGAGAGGGCAACAACGCGUUCACAAAGGAUAUUGAACAGUACGAGAACAUAGACGAAAUGUUACGUUGGGAAAAGCAUAUGACCUUUGGAUUGUCACCACAGGUGCUUAACCUGCUUAUGCGCCUUUUUCCUGGACAUGAAGAUGAGAGUGAAUUCGCAGAUAACAUUGAUCUGGCGGUGAUGGCAGGCCAUCAUCAGCUGGCUGGAGGGUUGAUAAAGAAAUUUGGCGGAGGAUAUGGCUUCAACAAGCUCCACGAAGAAGUUCUGCUUGCCGGUAAACCGGAAGAACUGAGUCCAUUCCGAGCUGUUUCGGUGCGCAAGAAACCUUACGCAAAUGGCAAGAUCACUCCUUUGCACUGUGCGGCCAUCAACCCCAACCCUAAGAUCCUGGACAAGCUCCUAUCCAUCGCGCCUGGUCCCUUCGUUCUCGAUAAGGUUGGGUUUUUGCCCAUUCACUAUGCCGCGGCCUGUGAGGGCAGUGGUCCUCUAGAACUGCUUCUGAAAAGAGGUUCGAAAGCUGACGAAUUGCAGCCGAAGACGAUGGUGACCCCACUCAUGAUAGCAGCGAAGUAUGGUCGAGUCCAAAACAUCGAAACACUCAUCGAGAAUAUAAAGUCUGUUGCUGCCUCCCUUGAUGAAAACUCAGUAAAGAUGGCGUUGGAACAGAAGACCAAUAAAGGCCAUUUUGCAAUCCACUAUGCAGCAGAAGGAGGACACGUGGAUUGUGUUUUGAGCUUGGUCAAGCAUGGAGCUUCAGUUGAGGCAAUGGAGUCGGCUCUCAACAACAAGAUCACACCGCUCAUGAUUGCCUCAGAGAGGGGCUACUUCCGACUGGCAAAGGUCCUCAUUGAGAAGUUAGGAGCUGAAAUCGAGAAAAAAGAUAAGAUCAAGCGUACAUCUCUGAUGCUAGCCUGCAUAAACGGCCACUAUCCAGUAGCUACUCUACUCCUAAGGAAAGGAGCUAACCCUAACGCCAAGGACUCGUCAGGAAACAGUCCCGUUCACUAUGCUGCUGCUUAUGGCUGGUGGCAUUGCCUCAAACUACUGCUCAAAGCUGGCGGGGACCCAAACAUCCUCACCGACUGGAAGGUUCCCCCACUAGGUCUAGCCUAUCUGAAGGGUCAUCUUGGAUGUGCUGACCUUCUACUUAAGGAGCCGGGCGUGGAUGUAAACUUCAGAGAUGACAAUGGCGCCACCCUACUGCUGACGACUUGUGACAAACCCCUGAGUCAAAGCACAGUGGACCUGUUGAAGUAUCUGAUUACGAAAGGGGCCGAUGUGCACGCGGUGGAUAUUAAUGGCAAAAAUGCACUCCAUUUCGUUGCGAUUGGCAACCAGCAGUCUGCACAACUGCGGGCGCAGCCUAAUCCUCUUCAAUUAGCUCUUAAAGUGGUAGCUCUUAAAGUGGUAGCGCUGUUAAUUGGCAAAGGCUGCGACCCUGCACACAAAGACAACGAGGGAAAAACGCCUAUAUCCAUUGCCUUGCAAAAUGGUCACUUUGAAUACGUGAAGGCUUUCCUGGUCAAUGAUGCAGUGGUGCCAUUGGAUGCGGACAAGACUGGUGACAACCCGUUACACCACAUAGCUAAAAACUGUAGCCAGUCGCGGGUUUCUAUUAUAAAGCUACUUGCCGGCAUGGCAAAGGCUGUAAAAUUGGAGGAAGCUGUCAAGAUGAAAGACCGGCAAGGAUGCACACCAUUCCUCAGAUGCAUCGUAGAUAACAGAGGCAAUUUCACAACGGAUCAUGUGGUUGCCACACUUGAGGCACUGGCUGACAUAUCAGACAUCGAUGCUCGUGUUGAUGGUGGUUCUGACACAGCUCCGAAUGAUCACGCUGGCUCCUGUGCUCUGCACUUCCUUGCCGCUCAACCACCAGGUCGUGUCUGGACCAAGGUCAUUGGAAUGAAACCCGCACUGGAUGUGUUAAAUGCUGAUGGCAAAACACCGCUGAUAAUGGCCAUAGACGCAAAACAAACCCAAAAUGUUCACACACUGUUGUCGGAGGGAGCAGACCCUAAUUCCUCGGACGAGUUUGAACAUUUUUCCCUUCUGCGGGCUGUGUGCAACGACCUACCAGCUGUCAUUCCAGAUCUCAUCGCUAAAGGGGCAAACAUCCAUGGCUCGUUGUUCAAGAACAAACAACCAGGCAUCAUGCAUUACAUUCCCGCCUAUAUCAAGAAUCUUGAUGCCAAGCUCCGUACAGCCAAAGAGCUAGUUGCGGCCGGAGCUUCUCUGUCCGCCGUUGACGAUGAGAACAGGACGGUCUUGCACAACGCGUUCAACGCGAUUGAAUCACACGUGACCACGGAGUUUCUGGAGUUCCUUCUGGACCACAAGUUGGAUGUCUUUGCUGUGGAUAACUUCGGCAGGUUGCCAGUUCAUUACGCGAUUUACAAAUACAACUCAUUUGGUGAGAAUAGCCCGCUCCGUGGUGGUCAGUUUAACAACGAGUCCCAUCUGGAUCCCAUUGAAACUGUGUCAUUGCUGGCUUCCGCUAUGGAGGGUAAAAAGCUUAAUAUCCAGGACAAGUAUGGCCGCACACCGAUGCAUUAUGCCGCCUAUAGAGGUGCCAUGAUCUCGGCUAUGCACAUCGCCGGGAGGAUUAAUGAUAUUGAUGUUGAGGAUCAAGAUGGACACACACCGCUAUCCUUGGCCAUUCUUAACAGACAAGAAAGCAUGGUGAUAUGGUUGAUCCAACGAGGCGCCAACAUCAAUCGGGAAGUGAAGCUGGUUGGUUUGGAAAGCAGUGCCAACGAUCAGAGUGUGGAGCCAACCCAAUCAUCAUCAUCAUCGCCAUCAUCAGAAGAACCCCAAUACUGGAAAUGGAAGGCUCUAGAAACCCCUGACGCCCCAGAUCCGCAGGCACAGACCUCAUUCUUCCAGGCGGUGGUGUAUGAGGAAUGGCAGGGAGCUGUGUAUGUUCUGAUGGAUUGCAUCGCCAACUGUGGUAUCUCUUACGCAGAUGCCAUCCGGGCUGUUCUUGCACAACAGAAGUUCCAACUGGCUAAUGAAAUGAUUCGUAAACUACGUAAUCCACGCAAUUUGCUGACAACGAACGACAAGGGUCAGAACCUUCUGCAUCUCCUGGCCAUCCAUGCAGAGGGUGGAAGCCACCUUCAGCGGCAGAUUGCCAUAACGCUGCUCCACAAUGGCGUCAAACUGUUCGUAACAGACUACAAGGGAUGCACGCCAUUACACUAUGCUGCAGUCAACAUGAACGCGGUGGUUUGCAGUGCCUUCGCGGAGGAAGAUCCAAUCGGAUUCAAGAGUUGUAUCACGUGUGCUGACAACAGAGGCAGGGUACCAGUGGCCUCGCUGUUCUGGAGCUUAUCGUACAACAGUACCAAAGAAAUUGUUGAACUGAUUCGAAAACAUAAUGGGAGCCUAGACGUGUGCACAGCCUUCCCCAAUGUGAGCCUCCUCAGUAUGAAGCAACAACUACGCUUAGAAUCCCUGCAGGAUUGGUACCACAAUCUGCCAGAAGAGAAGACGAUUGACGUCACACCGCUGAUCCUCAUGGUUCUCAUGAAUAACUUCGCUGGUUGUCAACUGCUGCUGAAGAAUGGUGCCAAUCCCAACGCGACAGAUAGGAAUGGGGUCACACCACUCAUGCAUGCUGUCUUGCAGAAUGAAAUUGCCGUUGUGAGUGUUCUGAUGAAUAAGAAUUAUGCGGAACCCCUGAUCCCAGGAAUAAAAAGGACAAGUGCCGCUGUGCAACAGGUGUCACCUUGGAUAUCAAACAUUUGGAAGCAAAAAAAGUCUGGCUCGUGCUCCCGCCAAGCUACAUUCACUAUUGAUGAAGGCUACGAAUUGGAAGGCAGUCCAGAGCAGUGUAAAUUUCCGAAGUGUAAAAAGACCAGCAGCAUCAACUUAAACGCUGUUGACUCGCAGGGCCGGACUGCAGUUCACUACCUGAUGAAGACCUGUGAUUAUGGCACCUACGAGAACGUAGAGAUGUUAGAAUUGUUAGCAGGAGUUGGUGCCAAGUUGUCUGAGCGAGAUCAUCAAGGCAAGACACCGCUGGACUACUCAAUGGAGACUGGUUCACAAAAGAUGGCCGCUGCUCUACAGAAACUGAUUCGGGUUAAGCCACACAAAAAGGUUCGUCCUAAGCCUGCGAGCCCUGAGUGGUCGGAUGGUAUAGACUUCCCCUCACCCAAACCCAAUGUUGACAAUGACGCCAAGGCUAUGGUUGAAAUCCUGGAAGCAGAGCGUAGCAAGACAAUACAGGAUGAGGACCUUAAACCCACAGUUGAUAAACACUCGGAUAUGGCUGAUGCAGGGGUCGUGCUAAUGGACGAGGAGCAAAACAUUGGAUACGACAUUAUCAUGACAAUAGUUGAAGUGCAGUAUGGAAGAUAUGGCUUGAACAACUUCUACAGGAUGCAGUUGAUCCAUCAGUUAGGUAAGGACAUGAUUGUGUUGUUCACACGUUGGGGCCGCAUUGGCGAUGAUGGCCAAUUCCAAAAGACACCCCUCCCGAAGGAAGAUGCCAUCUCUGAAUUCAAGAAGAUCUUCAAGGCAAAGAGUGGAAACGACUGGGAAAAUGUCAAAAGCUUUGAGAAGAAGCCCAAGAAGUACAUGCUGGUUGAAAUCGACCCAUGGAGGGCGAAAAGGAACGAAGCAAUCAAGGAAUUUCAGUUUGAUUUGGAGUCAUCGGUACCGUCCGAACUACCCAAAAGUGUACAGAACGUUAUGCAUGAGAUGACUAAGCCUCAGGCUCUGAAAAUGGCUCUUGGGGAAACAGGGGUAGACGCUUCCAUCAUGAAUUUCAGCCAUAUGUCGAGAGAAGUGCUGCAAAAGGCCAUUGAUAUCUUGGACAAACUCGGUGAAGUGAUUAAAAAGAGUUCUGAGUCUAAGGGAGAAGAGGCAACAUAUCUGGCGUCCUGUGAAAAGAUGUAUGAACUGAGUAACGAAUACUACUGUGUUAUUCCUCACGAGAACUUUGCACAUGACGUCAUGAGGCCCAUUGUGCGAGCUACGGAGGUCGAAGAGCACAAAAAUAAACUCUACAGUCUGUUGGAACUAGAAAUGGUCAACAGGAUCCUCUUGGGGGCGACAUACAGAAAACAUGAGAUAAAUCCUCUGGACUACAUUUACCGCGCUUUAGACUGCAAAGUGAAACUCAUGGAUAAAGACGACGAAGAGACACAGCAUAUACUGCAGUAUAUCCACCAGUCAAGUGCCCGCAGUCCUCCAAAUGUGGUAGCCAUCUUUCGAUUGUCACGUGACGGGGAAGAGGAGCGACUGAAAUCCUGCAAGUUGGACAAUCACAAACUGCUAUGGCAUGGAAGCAGCGUUGUCAACCUGCUUAGCAUCCUGAAGAAAGGUUUGCAGAUUAACCCGGUAGAGGCCCAGCGAUCGGGACAAAGAUUUGGAGAGGGUAUCUACACAUCGGACGCGUUUGCGAAGAGUAUUGCGUACUGCAGGCGAUGGGAGCAAAACCAACCUUCCCACUUCAUGCUGUUGUGUGAGGUUGCCCUUGGCAAGAUGGCGAAAGGUCGAAUCAGUGACGAGGAAAAACGACACUCCAACAGCACCUACGCCCCCGGUGGAACCCGUACAAACGGCAAGCGUGAAGUGUGUCUGCCUUCAGGUGCAUCGUUACCUCUUGGUAUGCUGCAUUCAAACCACAUGUACUGCCAUCUGAGCGACUACAGCGAGUAUGUGGCGUACACCGAGGAACAAGUGUGCCUCCGCUACCUUGUUCACGUGGUCUAGGUGAAGUCGGUGGAAAUGCGUAUUAGCCAAGGGCUUUAGAUUUUUUUCCCAUGGAACAUGGGCUUUUAAGUAUAUCUGUUAAUUUGCUACAGCUCAUAAAUAAAUGUGUUUUCGUUCACGAUAAUGUUCUGUAAAAUGUUUAUGAACGAACCAAAACAUAGCGUUAUCAGUAUAGGUUAAUAUCCAGGCCUAACAAUAAAAUUGCUUGAUCUUCAUGCUUAUUUGGCUUAUUUACAUUCAAAUAUUAUUUGAUCAACUAUUUACACAUUAAUCACUUACAUAGCAUGUUUCCAUAUUAAUAUAGUGCUAUACAGACUAGGCGAAUGUUGAAUUGGAUUUCAGUUUUACGGGAAAACGACUGAUUUGGUAUUAAACAUAAUAACAAACAUGGAUUUCAAUCUCAAAUUGGAUAUAGAUUCUUGUGGGGGAAAUGCAAACGUGUUGACGCAGUCUGAGGUUUUACAGAGAUAUUCUUUAUUGAUGCUUAUUACCUCCUAAAUAAUGAUUUUAUCUUGAACAGAAUUUAUGAUUUAAAAUAUGCAGAAAGAGUUUUUUUCACACCGUUUAGGAGGGAAUCUUAAAACAGUCUUUCGGGAAAGGUUAUAUCUCGUUAACACUCAAGAAACGCGCUGGUUGCUCGACACUUGUUUUAUGUCAAUAUAAUAUCACUAUUGUUCAAUUUAGAUCACAUAUUUAGCAUUUAGAAAUGUUUAUUUGCGAUUUAAUAUUUAGUAAAGUACUGAAAUAAGAAAUCGUCAUCCUAAAAGUGAUUAUGUAUUUAAAUGGGAUUUCGUUAUCUAAAUUUGACUUACGACUGCUUUCAAAUGCAGAUACUGUGUAUGUACAUGUAAUAAUGUGUUUGGAAUUUUAAAUACUAUAAUAAUUUUAAAAUGUAAAUUAUAAAUAAAUGAUUAAGGAUUGCUGAAUCCCAAAAGGAGAUUCAUUGUUUUAGACAAUCUAAAAUCUGAAAUGCAACCAUAAUAAUAUGUCUAGUGGUUGAAAUCGGUUCAAUUAUUUUGCUUGAAAACACUGAGGUCUUCAAUAAAUUAUGUUUAAAAUUCAUCGCACGUUUAGAAGCAAACGCUUUACCGUCAUUCAAUAAAAAAACAUUUACAUGCAAAUUAGCUUUUAAUGCGUAAAUUGAGGUUAACUAACAUACAUUUGUAGUUUUAAAUAGACAGCAUAUAGUUCGAAACAAUAAAUUGAGCGUUCUAUAUCAAAGCCCAACCA